GGGCAGCGCGCGGAUGUCCCGGGCCGGGGGGGGUCGCGGGGGUCCGUAGGGUCGGGGGUCGCCCCGGGGGCCCGGCCAUGGCCUCGGUGCCCGUGUACUGCCUGUGCCGCCUGCCCUACGACGUGACCCGCUUCAUGAUCGAGUGCGAUGGCUGCCAGGACUGGUUCCAUGGCAGCUGCGUGGGGGUGGAGGAGGAGGCGGCGGCGGAGAUCGACCUGUACCACUGCCCCCAGUGCGCCGUGCUCAGGGGGCCUUCUGUCAUGAAGCGACGCCGUGGCCCGGCCAAGGCCCCGGAGCAGGACCCCGGCCGUCCGGCCCGGACCGGCAGCGCCCAGUUCAUCCGGGAGCUGCGGGGCCGCACCUUCCCCAGUGCGGACGAGGUGCUGCUGCGGCCCAGCGGGGCCCAGCUGACCGUGGAGUACCUGGAGGAGAACAGCUUCAGCGUGCCCAUCCUGGUGGCACGGCACGAGGGGCUGGGCAUGACCCUGCCCCCCUCGUCCUUCACCCCCCGUGACGUCCUGCACCACGUCGGAGCUGACAAGGUGGUGGCCGUGCUGGACGUGGGCCGCCAGGCCGAGCUGCGCAUGCGCCUCGGGGACUUCGUGGCCUACCUGGGGGGGCCCCGGCGCGAGCGCGUCCUCAGCGUCACCGGCCUGGAGUUCUCGGACACGCGGCUGUCCAACCUGGUGCAGACCCCGCGGAUCGUGCGGAAGCUCUCGUGGGUGGAGAACCUGUGGCCGGGGGAGUCGGCGCGGGAGCGGCCGAGCGUGCAGAAAUUCUGCCUGAUGGGGGCCAAGGACAGCUACAGCGACUUCCACAUCGACUGCGGCGGCACCUCGGCCUGGUACCACGUGCUCAGGGGCGAGCAGAUCUUCUACCUGGCGCGUCCCUCGGCUGCCAACCUGGCGCUGUUCGAGGCCUGGAGCAGCUCCCGGAACCAGCCCGAGCUCUUCUUCGGGGACCAGGUGGAUCGGUGCUUCCGGUGCCACCUGCGCCAGGGCCAGACCCUCUUCAUCCCCACAGGCUGGAUCCACGCCGUGCUGACCCCCGUGGACUCGCUGGCCUUUGGGGGGCACUUCCUGCACAGCCUCAACAUCGGCAUGCAGCUCCGGGCGUACGAGCUGCAGCGCCGCCUCAACACCCCCGACCUGGCCAAGUUCCCCAAUUUUGAGACCGUCUGCUGGUACGUGGGGAGGCACCUGCUGGACACCUUCCGAGGGCUGCGGGAGAACCGCCGGCACCCCGCGGCCUAUUUGGUGCUGGGAGCCCGAGCCCUGACCGGGGCCUUCCGAGCCUGGACCCGCCGAGAGGUCCUGGCCGAGCACGAGCAGGAGAUCCCCGAGACCGUCCGGCCGGGGCAGCUGAUCAAGGAACUGGGCAGGGAGAUCCGGCUGGCAGAGGAGCUGUUCCAGCAGAGCACGGGGAUGUCGGGGACCCCCUUCGGGCCCCCCUGGGGGGUCCCAGCCACCAAAAAGGGGGGGCCCCGCAAGCCCCCCCCCAACUCCCGCCCCCUCGACGAUGGGGGGACCCCGAACCCCCCCCCAGCCCCCCCCGAGGAGGACGAGGAGGUUGACCCCCCCAGCUCCAGCCCGGACGAGACGGACCCCGACUCCGAGGGGGACCCCCAGAUCCUGCUGGCCAACGGGGGGUCUCGCUCCCCCCUGGACCUGGACUCGGAGGAGGAGCUGCAGAUCGACGAGACCCCCCCGCGGCGGGGCCCGCGCCGCCUGCCCCGGCUCCCCCGGAAGCUGCCCCGGGCCAAGCCCUGCUCUGACCCCAACCGGGUGCGGGAGCCGGGGGAGGUCGACUUCGACAUCGAGGAGGAUUACACCACGGACGAGGAGGAUGAGGGGGGCGCGGGGGGCAGCGCCGGGAUCCUGGACCUGCUCAAGGCCAGCCGGCAAGUGGGGGGCUCCGAGUACCCCCAGCUCAGCGAGGCCCCCGCCUCCCCCAGCACGCGUGAGGCCAUCCAGGGCAUGCUCUGCAUGGCCAACCUGCCCGCGGGGACCCCCCUGGGACCCCCAAACUGGUGGGGAGGGGGUGGGGGCACCGAAAGGGGGGGUCCUGGGGGGUCUGGAGGAGCCCGCAGAGCCCCUCCUGCCCCCCGGAGCACCGACAGCGAGGCCGAGGGGAGCCUGGACGAGCAGGACAGCCUGGGGGCCUGCUUCAAGGAUGCUGAGUACAGUGAGUGUGACCCCAAAAACAUCCCAAAAACACCCCAAAAAUACCCCAAAACCCCCCUGCUUCAAGGAUGCUGA